UGAUCGAGUGGAGCGCGCAGAAGCUGAGAACCAGCUUCUUAAAUCACGUUUAGCAGCUGCUGAGUCGACUAUUCAGCUUGAGAAGAAGCGCCGUAAGCGUGGCAACCCAUUAUUCAACAAUCUGUUUGAGAUUACGGAAGGCGAACCGAUGUUCUUUAGUCCUGCGAAGAUCGCGGCUGCACGGGAGAAGCAGGAGGAGCAGGAACGCACUCAACAAGAAGCUACAGCACAGAAAGCUGAAUCUAAGAUUCAGAAACGGCUUCUAAAAGAGGCAGCGCAACAACAUGCAGCUAAUAAGAAGGCUGAACGGCAGAAAGAGAAGUUAUGCAGAGAGGCCGCACGCGAGGAAGAGAAGCAGGAAAAGAAGGCCAUAAAGCAACUACAGCAGAAGUCUAAACAGGCCUCAAAACAGCGCACACGUAACAAUAAAACAGCUCCAAAGAAGCCUCCAGAGAAGCAAUUAUCGCAGCAGCAGGAUAUUGUUGAGAUCUCAUCAGAUGAAGGCGUUGGAUCGAGUUCUACGGUUGCGCGACCUCGCCGCAAACAGCGGCUGCCAAAACACCUCCAACAUGAAGAUAUCCAGAUAGAACCAUUUGCGUAGAUAUAAUUAAUAAGACUAC